AGAUGGAUGACAGUGCGUGAAGAUUGGAACGCUGUUGUACGAUGUUUUACAGAAGUUUAGAAUGUAUUUGAUGCAGAUGAUCAAUAUUUACAUGAAUUAUAGUGAGUGAAAUUACAGAAAAAUCAUGGCAUCAGUAGAUAAUCCUGACGAUUCCUUGUCAACAUCAGUAUUUAGUGGUAAUGGAAAUGGAACACCGGGACAAGUGAAAAAAAUGAGGAGAUCAUGGUUUGAAACCCCACCAGCAACAAAACUAGAGAUAGCAGUUGAUAGGAAAAAAAGGCGCUCUUCUGGAGCAGCAAGGCGCAAGAGUGAUGAAGAGAUUGAGACACUUGUAUUAACCCAUUUCACAAAUGCUCCUCGAAUUGGGUUUGGAACUAUAAAAGUUGGGAAAGCAAAAUCACGAAUAUUGAUGGUACGCAACCCACAUGAAUACGAACAGGAAGUAAUUGUUGAGCGCUUCCCAUAUAAGAAAAACUUUUCCAUUGAUCAGACCAAGUUUGUAGUUGGUGCAGAAGAUUAUGUCACUCUGUCUAUAACAUGGUCACCAGAUGAAGCAUGUACCUGUCGUGAAAUGAUAUUAUUUAAAGUGGAUGGUGUUUACAGAUUACAAUCGUAUGUGUUUGGUUCAGCGGAAGCUGUUAAGAAACAGAAACCAGUUAAAAAAAAAAAAGGUUUGCUUGGAAUAAGUGUGAAGAAACCAUUUUCAAUAAUCAACACUCCAGGUCUGGCGUGUAUUCGUGACAACUACAGUCCACUGGAUGCAGAGAAACCGAGGAUGAGUAAUUUAAAACCACAUCCACCAGCACCCAUCAAUGAACUCCUGGAAUACCAACUAUUAGAUAAACAGGGUGGUGAGGAUAGCACACCACCUCCAUUAGAAUCAACUGCUAUUUCUAUAUCUUCUGUCGGAUAUACAGCGAAAUCAGAGAGUGUUGAUCUAGGUUGCUCACCAUCCUUCAGUCCAAUAUUAAAAUCGUCAGAAAUAGAUGGUUCAUGUGUUAUUACCGAUUCUCGAUAUUCAGACACCCAAUAUUCAGUUUUGAGAGAUGUCAAUAAUCUACCUGCUGAAAGUCAAAGGAUUUCCACUGAUCAAGAAACAAUUCUUGCAUUCAAAGAAAGUAAUGGCUACCAGAAGGAACAGGACACAUUGCAGGACACACCAAAAAUCCAAAAAGAAAAGAACUCUCGAAAUAAGAUAAAAGAAAAGGAAAACAAAAACAAAGAGAAUUCUCCUUCAAAACGACAACGCAUGAAAUUGACCAAUGACAAAGAUGGAAAAGAUAAAAAGUUCCUUUCACCAGAAACAUUUUUGAACGAUUCCUUAAACAUGGCACAGAAGAAACCUGUGAAAAUUGUUGGACCACAAAUAAUUGGUGAGAAAACAGUUAGCCCCACUUCAUUUUUAGAAAACCUCAAUAAUACAAAAGGGGAAGAAGAGAACUUGAAGGGUGUUCCAAGUCCCUCUGCACUUCUUCAGAAUUCCAUUCCUCAUAAUCUUAUCGUUCAGCAAUUGAGAAAUGUUCGCCUGAGUUUACAUGAACACUCAUUUGAACAGAAAACAACUGUCAAAACUCCUUUAUUUCAAGAGUCUGCAACAAAGGAUGUUCGUAAAACUAAUUUUCUCAGACAACAUCAGGGUAAGAAAGGCAGUGAUAGAGUGAACCCAAAUGUCCAUCAUCAGAGUCCGAGACGUACAACUUUUUUAGUGUCUCUGAAGAAAAAUAGAUCUGUCCAAAAGAAAGAUGAAUUGUCCAAAUCUUCAAAAAAAGGUAGUGGAAAGGCAACCAAUGAAGAAAAACCCAAGAGACGAAAAUUGUUGACAUCAAACAAAGUUGGACAAACACCAAUCUCUAAAAAUUCCAAACCGACAGAUGAAAAAAAUGAUAUUAAAAAAAAUAAUGAUAUUGAAACUAGAAUUGAUUUUAAAGAACAGGCAUCAGCUGUCACGCAUAUAGAACUUGGUGCCAAUUAUAGUCAAAGUCAGGUGCAUCAAAUCUUUACUCGCACAGUAACAAAGAACGAAUCAGCUGAACCGGAAGUGGAGAAAAUCAGGAAAAACUCUGGUAAACGACUUUUUGAUGCCAAUUCACCUAAAAAGAACAAUACGGCCUGUCCACGAACCAUCACUAAAGAUAAACCAUCUCCACAUAUCCACAACAAGGUCAUACUCACAGGAAAGAAAUUAUUUGAAGAAAAUGACAAUGUUCUUACACCAAAAAGAGUAUCCCCAUUUUUGGACGAAUUUGGCUCCCCAUCCGUCCUUCCUUCCAGCCCAAGUGAAGUUUUUACUAGACGAACCACCUUAACGGUCACAAAAAGUCGUCCUUCAGAUGCAUUGCUGUAUGCUGUUCAAACGGCAGUGAACAACAACUUAUUUGAAUGCACACCAACUGGGGAAGGCACCAAACUUUUGGAGAAUGGUGAGGGCAUAGUUGUAGAGGUUGGAGUUAGCGGAAGUCCAGAACUGCCUAAAAAGGAAAUGUGUAGCAUUUCAGAAAAGGAAACAGUGGAAAUAUUUACACAAGCACCAGUUUCACCGAAUUUGAUUGGAUCACCUAAUCGAUUGCCUUCUUCUCCUGAUCCUGAAAUCGGUCGAAGGUCAACUCAUUUAGUCACUUCUCCUAGAUUUGUUGAUCUGAAUUCAGUUAGUCCAAGGAGAUUAUUUGCAGCAAUUGAUGAUAUUGAUGAGAUCGAAAAUAUACAAUCCUCCAAAGAAAACAGACAAGAAAUAAUGGAACCCAAUAUUGAAAAUGAAACAGAGAAUGUCAGUUUGGUUGUUGGUCAAGAUAUUGUCACAGAAAUGAAAGAAGUAUUGACUGAGAGCAGUUUGGUCACUUCCAUCAAAGAAGAUAGUACAGACAUUCUGUUGUCGGAAAAAUCAGAAUCUUCUCUUUCUUUAAGAAGCUUGAAUGAUUCUUUUUUGAAAAGCAAAACAGAAGAUUCAAUAGAAUUAGAAGCAGAUUCAAGUCUCAAAGACGAGGAUAGAAAAAAGGAUAAGAGAAAUAAAAAAAAUCUAUCAAAUUCUGCUUUAUUAGAUGUCUCAAACAAAGUAGGUAAUAAGAUAAUCUCAAAGGAAUUAAAAUCAUCCGAAAACAAAUAUAUGGCACCGAAUCGUGGUACAAGUUCUGCAAAAGCCAGGCACACUAAUUGUGUUUCUUCUACCGGUAAACCUGUGCCAACUAGUAAUAGACGAUCUAUAGCCAGUUCACGAGAGAAACUGAAUCUGAUUGGCACAGCUAACAAACCUACUUCCAAUGAUAGAAGAAAGUCAGUACACAGUGGACCAAGAAAUCUAUCCAACGAGAAAAAACAAGAAAAUCUUGUGGCAGAUUUUACUAAAUCCACUAAUAAUAGGAACACACCACAAGGCAGACCACUGAUCAAAAUGGGUUCUGAUGAUUCAUUGAUUACUGAUAAAUCUACUAAAGCAGGUCUUGCCAGAACAUCAUCAGCACCUCUUAGUGGUAAUAAUCCACCACUAUCGUCCAGGAAAGGACCAAACUUACCUCCAACAAGUUUGAAGAAACAGAGAGGACCAAUGAAGGGAGUGGCUCAGUCCAAAUUGAUGUUGAUUAAAAAACCCAAAACCUCUGUUCCUAAACAUCCCAUGCCAUUUGCUGCCAGGAAUAUGUAUUAUGAUGAAAGAUGGCAGGAGAAACAAGAACGAGGAUUUUGUCAUUGGUUAAAUUUUAUUCUCACUCCUCCUGAAGAAUAUAAUAUUAAUGUUGAGAAAACAAAAGUGGACGCUGGAAAAUUGUUUGUUGAUGGUAUGAAGGGUAGUACUAGAUUAGCACCAACUAAAGAAGUUUUAUCUAUUAGAGCCUAUGCUGCAAGACGAAGAAUGAACAAAUUACGACGAGCAUCUUGUUUACUUUACCAAUCACAGACAGUGGUACAUGUCAUACGUAAAGUAGAGAUUGAAGUAGAGAGUAGACGAUUGGCUGUAAGAAAAGAUAGAAUGCUUCAUGCUGAUUUAGGAAUUAAACAGAAAAUAUUAGAUAUGUUAUUAUGUUAUAAUCCACUGUGGCUUAGAAUUGGACUAGAGACUAUAUUUGGUGAAAUGAUAUUAUUACAGUCUAAUAAUGAUGUUAUUGGUUUAUCAAGAUUUAUAGUGUAUCGUUUAUUAAGUAAUCCAGAUAUAGUAUCAGAAUAUGCCCACCCUACUGUUCCUCAUUUAUAUAGAGAUGGUUUUGCAGAAGCUAUAUCAUCACAUACAUUAAAGAAGUUUUUAUUAUUAGUGUAUUUCUUAGAUCACGCUAAACAGUCUCGUCUGAUUGAUCAUGACCCAUGUUUAUUUUGUAAAAAUGCUGAUAUGAAGGCAAGUAAGAAUUUCCUGGUACAGUUUUCACGUGAUUUCUUGUCAGGAGAAGGAGAUAUCACGAGACAUUUAGCUUAUCUGGGUUACGUUGUAAAUCAUACCCAGACAGCGUUGGAUGAAUUUGACUAUGCUGUUACAGCCCUGGGAGUUGAUUUGCGUGAUGGAUUAAGAUUAACACGAGUAAUGGAGUUUUUAAGCAAUGAUUGGAGUCUGAUGUCAAGAUUACGAGCACCAGCAAUCAGUCGACUACAGAAAAUACAUAAUGUAGAGGUUGUUUUCAAAGAACUGACUAAGAGAGGCUUGGAUGUGUCAUUACUAGAAACUAAGCUGAAUGCUCGGGAUAUAGUUGAUGGACAUAAAGAAAAGACGCUGAGUUUAUUAUGGCAUAUUAUAUUUCAUUUCCAGGUUGAUGUAUUAAUAGAUAUUGAACAACUCAAGUCCGAAAUUGCAAUCCUGGAAAAGACAUUGCGUGUAAAAAUUAGCAUGCAGAAAUUAUUAAAAUUGCAUGUUGAUAACCAAGCCCGUCGUGAUUCUGGAGAAGCAGACGUAUUAAAAAAUGAAAGAUUGACACUGCUGUUAAAAUGGUGUCGUCUUGUCUGCUUACAUUAUGGAAUAAAGAUCGAGAACUUCAGUGUAUCAUUUUCUGAUGGUCGUGCCCUGUGUUAUUUAAUACACCAUUAUUAUCCUACCUUAUUACCACAAGAUCUUAUCAAGAAACAAACCACAUUAAGUUACAUGGAAGAAAUGGAAACUAAGGAAGAAGAAGAAUUUGAUUCAGAUGCUAGUUUUGAUUGGAGUCAAACACCUCAUUCUGAUCUUGAAAAACCUGAAAUGUUUGAGCAGUUCUUAAAUAAUGAAAAAGACAAUUUCAAGCUCUUGUAUGAGAAGGUUUCUGGAUUAGGGGGUAUUCCGUUGAUGUUAAAAGCAGCUGAUAUGUCUAAUACCAUACCUGAUGAAAAGAUUGUUAUGACUUACGUAUCUCAUCUCUGUAGCCGUUUAUUAGAUAUAAGAGAAGAAUCAAGAGCAGCUAGAAUUAUACAGAAUGCUUGGAGAAGAUAUUGGUUAUCACACACCAUCAAACAUCAAGAGAAACAAGAAAAGGCUGCUCAAACUAUUCAGGCAGCCUAUAGAGAGUAUAGAAAUAGAAAGAAAAUGAAGGUUAUUAUUGGGAAAGUUGUUAGAUUACAGGCUUUAUGGAGAGGUUGUAAAGCCAGGAGAGCUGUAGUUAUUAUGAAACAAAAGAUUGAGGAUGAGAAGCGUAUUAAAGCCUGUCUUAAAAUAAAGAGAGCACUAGAAACCUGUGUUAUAAGACGAAAAUAUUCAUCCAUGAAGUUAUCUGCAGUGUACAUACAGUCGUUUUACCGAGGUCACAGGAUCAGGAAAGAACUCCAUAAGCAAAAGUCGGCUGCUUCCAUGAUUCAAAACUAUUACCAUGGUUACAAGAAAAUGAUGAAGGAUAGAAAUAACUUUCUGCAAAAGCGAUCAGCGACUGUUACCCUUCAGAGAGCUUGUCGGAAUUGGUUGAAAUGUAAAAAAAAUAAACAAAUAAAAGCUGCCGUCAUGAUUCAGAAGAAUGUGCGUGGUUAUCAACAACGAAUUAGCUACCUAAAAGAACAGGGCAGAAUUGUAAAGAUUCAAGCCUUGUUCCGUUGCAAUAAAUAUCGCACCAAGUUUUUGGCCAUGAAAUUUGCCUCAAUUUCCAUUCAAAGAGGCUAUAGAAAAUACAGAUACUUGUGCCUACUUCAUUCUGAACAACAAAAACUGACAGCGUCUUGCAUUUGUAUUCAAAAAUGGUGGAGACAGAAAAAACAGGAAAGACUUAACCAUAGGAUUGCUGCUGUCACAAUAAUUCAGAAACUUGUAAGAGGAUAUUUAAUUCGUAGAAAGCUCCAAAACAGAAAUCAGUCUGCUGUAAAGAUCCAGUCUUAUGUAAAAAUGACACAAGCAAGAAAGAACUUUCUAAAAUAUAAGGCAGUCGUAGUUAUCGUACAAAAUCACAUGCGUUUGUACUUACAAAAUAAACAUUCUCAGGAUGAACUUAUCCUUCAUACUGAAGCUGCUACUAAAAUACAGAGUCGUUGGAGAUCAAUCCUCAAACAGAGGUCAUACAAUCAAAUGAAAAUAGCAGCAAUAAAAAUUCAGAAUGUUGUCCGUCAAAAACAGGCUUCUGCGCAAUAUAUUAAAAAGCGCAGUGCUAUAAUUUUGAUCCAGCAGAGAUACAGAGCUGUCUGCAAAGGUGAGUCCGCCAGACGAGAUUAUCAAAAUGUACAAUCGGCAACUUUAAAACUUCAAUCCCACUUCAGAGCUCUCCUGGAAAGGAAGAAUUACCAGAAAAUCAAAAAUGCUGUGGUAAAAAUCCAAAGCAUUGCAAGAAUGAACAGCAGUCGAAGCAAGUACCUAGAAAUAAUGAAAACAAUUUUAGCUUUACAGCAUAGGGUCAGGGCUAAUCAACUUAGUAGAAAGCAAAGAAGAGAAUUCCUAAAUCAGAAGAAAGCGGCCAUUACAAUCCAGUCCUACUACAGAGGUCGUCAAUCCAGAGUUAAUCAACGUAAGAUAAAUAAAGCAAUCGUUGAGAUUCAGUCGUUCUUCAAAAUGAAACAAGCCAGACAAAAGUAUCUUAGGUAUAAGGCUGCAGCUGUUAUUUUACAGCAUCAUGUACAAUUAUAUUUACAAAACAAACACUCCAAACAACAAAUUCUUCUUCAAAAUAAAGCUGCUACGAAGAUACAAAGUCACUGGAGAUCUAUACAAGAACAAAAGAAGUACAAUCAAAAGAAAAAAGCUGCAAUAAAAAUCCAGAGCUUUAUCCGACAACAGCAAGCUUCAUUUAAGUAUAGUCAAAAGAGAUGUGCUGUGAUUUUACUUCAGUCAAGAUUCCGAGCCUUACUUCAAGGUCAAUCAGCCAGACAGGAUUAUCUAAAUGUACAAUCAGCCACUUUAAAACUUCAGUCUUGCUUUAGAGCUCUCAAAGCAAAGCAGAGUUAUCUGAAAAUCAGAAAUGCAGUGAUAAAAAUUCAGAGUAUUGCAAGAAUGAAGAGUAUCUACAGCAUGUACCUUGAAAUGAAAAAGACAACUUUAGCUUUACAAAGUCGAGUCAGAGCAAAUCAAAUUGGUAAAAAGCAGAGAGCAGAAUUCCUAAAUCAGAAGAAAGCUGUCAUUACCAUCCAAUCCUACUUCAGAGGUCACAAAUCUAGACUUCUUCAACAAAAUCUAAAUGAAGCUGCUACAAAAAUCCAAUCUCAUUACAAAGCUCACCACCAGAUGCAACAAUACAAAGAAAUAAGACAGACAACCAUUUCAAUGCAGCGAUUGUAUAGAAAAAAUGUCACUGGCAGAAAAACUCGAGCAGAUUACUUGAGAAAUAAAUCAGCAGUGGUAACAAUCCAAAAAUAUUUCCGGGGAUAUAUUGAUAGAAAAGAUUUACAGAAGAGACAAAAGGCGGCCAUUAAAAUUCAAUCCAAAUUCCGAGGAUACUUGGCGAUAAAAGAAUAUUCAAAAUACCAAGCUGCAAUUGUUUAUCUUCAGGAUGUCUUUAGGAGAUGCUUAGCAGCUAAAAGAGAGAGAAAACAUUUUCUCAACAUAAGAAAAAAAACUAUCACUAUUCAAAAACAUUUAAGAUGCUACAUUCAGAAAAAAUAUUAUUGUAAAGUCAGGCAAGCAGUUAUAUUUAUUCAAAAAUGGUAUCGAAAACAUAAACAGCAAAAGAAAUAUCACAAAUUAAAAUUAACAACAAUCCAAUUGCAAAGAUUAUACAGGAACAAUCAGAUAGCUAAACUAGAGAGGACUAAUUUUCUUCAGAUGCAAAAAGCUGCCAUUUGUAUCCAAACUCGAUUCCGUGGUUUAAAAGUUUGUCAACAGUAUCUUCACAAACGUCAUGCAGUCAUUAGAAUACAGUCACUAUGGAGAGGAUAUGUUCAAAGAAAACAGUUCCUUAAAUUAAAAGCAGCUGCAGUUUGUACUCAGCAGAUGUACAGAAAUAAAAUGGAGGUUAAGAAAUGUAGAGAUAUGUAUCUAAAAAUUCGUUCAACCACAGUGUACCUGCAGUCUGUGUUUCUUGGAAAAGUAAUUCGUCAAAAUUAUCUUCUGAAACGGAAAGCUGCCAUUACAAUUGUGUCAUCUUGGAGAUCUUUUGCAGCAAGAAAACAUUUCUUAGAAAAACAAAAAGCAUGCAAAACUAUCCAGAAUUAUUAUAGAAAUUAUAAACAACUGAAGACCUUGAAAGAAGAGAAAUUAAAACAGGAAAUGUCUGCAACAAUUAUUCAACACUACUGGAGAAGUUACAAAGAUUGUCAAAAGAAGAAAGGAGAAAUCAGUGCUACCAAAAUCCAGGCUCAUGUGAAAGGAUGGUUAGCUCAAAAACAUUACAACAGAAUUCGUAAAGCUGUUGUGCAUAUUCAGGCUCAUUACCGUGGCUUCAGAAGUUGUCAAAAGUACAAGAAAUUAAAAAUUGCUACCAUCAUUAUUCAAAGAAAGUGGAGAGCUACUCUUUUAGCUAAGAAAUUUCGGAGAAGAUAUCUUAUGACCUGUGGUGCAGUGAUCACCAUUCAAGCUGCAUUCCGUGGUUUUGCAACACGAAAAUAUUGUGCUCUUCGUAUUAAAAACUGUAUAAAACUGCAAGCCGUUGUACGGGGCUGGAUUCAAAGGGAAAAAUACCUACGAUUAAAAUGUGCUACGUUAGUGCUUCAAGAUUAUUAUCGUUCAAACAGACUAUGUAGACAAAUUAGAGCCAAAUUUCUUCAAAAGAAAAUGGCUUGUGUUAAGAUCCAAAAUUGGUAUCGUUUAUGUAAGUUAGAAAAGACUAGAAAAAUUAAAAAUGCUGCCACCAUUAUUCAGUCUUGGUAUAAGAGUGCAAAACAAAGACAAAAUUAUUGUGUACAUCGUUCAAAAGUUAUAAUUGUUCAAGCUUGUGUUCGAGGCUUUUUAAUUCGUAGAUAUUUAUAUCACAUGAAGCUUUCCGUCUGUGUAAUUAUUAAAGCUUUAAAGACAUAUUUGUUUGUGAAAAAACUGAAAAGAGCUUUCACACAAAGACACUGCUCUGCUCUAAUUAUUCAAAAAUCAUUCCAUAAACUUAUGCAACGGAAACUUGUGAGGCAACAUCAUGCUGUGACAAAAAUACAAACAUUAUUCCGAGGUUAUAUUCAACGAAAGUGCUACGUUAAAAAGUUGACGUCCAUUAUUUUGAUACAGAGAGCAUGGCGAUGUGUUUACUCACAAAGACAGAGACAUUUAGCUGCUGUAUUCAUACAGAAAUAUUAUAGAUGUUACAGACAAAAAGUUGCCCAGGCUACCCUGGAAAAGAGAAAGAAUUAUAUUUUACAUCUGUGUGAGAGAGUUAGAUAUCAUAUGGCAACUAUUAGAAUACAGAGGUGUUAUAGAAGACACCUAAUAUUAAACAGAGCAAGACAAAAUAUAUCUUCUGUACUCUUUAUACAGAGAAGUUACCGAGCACACAGAGAAAGAGAUCAAUAUUUGAAAUUUAAAACUGUCAUUACCAAAAUGCAAAAUGGUGUGAGACAAUGGCUAAAAAGACGACAUGAGGCUGCCAGUAUAUUACAGAGAUCUGUUAAACAAUGGCUGAUAAAACAUUGUCUGCAAAAACAAGCACAGAGUGCCACAAAAAUACAGGCGUUAUGGAAGGGAUAUAUGUUAAGAAAAAAGACGCACACAAAGAAAAUGGCUGAAAUGAGAAAAAGAAUUAAUAAAGCUAAUGACUCUGCAUGUGAAGAGAAUAAACUAGGAAAUAGAACAGCAUCAGCAUUAGAUUAUUUACUCAAAUAUAAAGAUAUGUCUUACAUAUUAGAAGCUGUUAUGCAUUUAGAUGUGGUAACAAGAUUAUCACCACGAUGUUGUGAGAGAAUGGUAGAAGUCAAUGCUGUUUGUGUUAUUUAUCGUCUCAUGAGAUCAUUAAAUAGAAGUUUACCACAUAUGGACGUCAUCAAAUAUUCCAUCAAUAUUCUAUUAAACUUGGCUAAGUAUGAUAAGACAAGAGACUAUGUGUAUAAUGUAAAAGAUUCUAUCAGUAAUUUACUGGAGUUGUUGACAAUAUAUCGUGAGAAAGGUCACAUCUUCACCAAAACCUGUACAUUGAUAGGUAUCUUAGCAUUAGAUAGCCAUAGAAGACAAGCAAUAAUGUCCAAUAGAAGCUUUACUGAUAAGUUACGAAGUCUGUAUGCCUUGACAGCCAGAAAACACAAAUUACAAGAAGGACGAAAUUUAGUGAAAGCUAAAAUGAAUGCCUCAAAGUCAUUCAAUAGAACUCUACCUUUAUCAACUCCUGCCAAGAAACGUAAAGUUCGUCCGGAUUGGCUUCUAAACAGAGACAGCAUCCGAGAAAUAGACGAUCCAAUGCGUGCAAUUAAAUUUGUAAUGGAUAAUUUAAACCUUGCACCAAAGUAGACUUCUCUAAUGGUCCUCACCUCCAUUGCAUCAGAAUAAUAUAUUUACAUUUUAAUAAAAGAUAUUAUCUUAAGUUAUAUUUAUUAACCAACUUAGGACUAAAUAUAGGUAAUUUUAAAGGGGUUUUAUAACCUUCCUUGCAAAAGAACAAAUUGCUUAAAAUAUUAUUUAUUCAUUUUUUUUUUUACCCAAAUAAAAGAAGAUAUGUAUUUGUAAAGAUGUAAUUGAAUUCUAAUUUUAUUUGUUUACUGGUAAUAAAAUUCAUAGCUGUAGUAGAAAACUAGAACUUUGAACAAGUACUGACGUGUUUCGGUACUUCAGGUCACCUGUCGUUUUGAAAUCUUAAUAAAACCGGAAGUUGUACUUUAAGACCAAACUUUUUUUAAUAUUAAUUGUUAGUAGACAUCAGGGUCAUCAUACAUACAAAGGUCAAGGGUCAUUGAAAGGUUAGGUCACCAGCUAGCUGGUGAAAAGUUGAACAAAAUUCAAAGUGAAACCGGAAGGAAACAAAAUCGAAAUUCAAAAAUCGGCUCUCUAAGAAUUGUUGCCAUUUGAAGUAGGUUCAAUACAAAAAAAAGUUUUCGGAAAUCAGAAUUAAAAUGGCAGCUGAAUAUCGAUUUGAAGGUUGUUUUUUUUUUAUAAAAUCCAAUAUGGCAGCCAAGUGGUUGAAAAUGUUAUCGAACAACGUCUGUUAAAUUGAAAGAUAAUAUCUGGGGCUAACACCACCAUAUGUCAUCUUUUGUCUAUAUUUAAAAUCGAGAGAACUUGAAAUAUAGGUUUAUAUCCCAAAGAUCACGAUUCCUUUCAAAAUUAACAUGUAUCGGACCAUAACUUCAUGGCGUAUGGCCCCUGAUUGUACUAAAAAUCAUUUUUUUAGUUUGUGGACGACACUCUAGAGGCCACAAUUUUUAUCCGAUUUUAAUGAAUCUUAAAAUGUAUGGUUAUAAUCCAAAGAUCUUGUUUCCUUUCAAUAUUCGCGCAUAUUGGACGGUAACUUCCCAAAUAUAGCCCCGGAUUGUACAAAUAAUCGCGUUUUUACCUUGUAGUCCUAAUAGAGGUCACAAUUUUUAUCUGAUUUAAAAAAAUGAGAGUUGUGUUCAAAAUUUGUGAAAAUCGGACCGAUACUGCUGAACAAAUGGCUGCUCGCUGUACGCAAAUAGUGUUAAAGUAGGUAAUAUCAAGUGUGUGGACCCAGAUCUAGAGGUCACACUUUUGUUCCGAUUUUGAUGACACUUAAAACAUGUGUUAAUAUCCCAAAGAUCUUGGUUCUUUUCGCUAUUCGCACAUAUCGGACCGUAACUUCCUGGAUUAUGGCCCCUGAUUGAAAAAAAAAAUAAUAGGAUUUAAGUUUGUGGACCCUUUAGAAGUCACAUUUUUUUAUCCGAUUUUAAAAAUCGUUUAAAUAUAUCACCAUUACACCAUAAUGUUACACCCUGAUGAUGGUUGAGUUUGAAUUUUCGUAAAACUGGGCCAAAACUGCCCGACAAAAUGGCCGCUGCUUGAACGCAACAAGUGUUAAAGUAUGUAAUACCAAGGUUGUAGACCCUCUAGAGGUCACAAUUUUUAUCCGAUUUUGAUGAAAAUAAAAUAUGUUUAUAUCUCAAAGAUCUCUUUUCCUUUUGAUAUUCACGCAUAUCAGACGAUAACUUGGAUUAUGGCUCCUGAUUGUACAAAAAAUCACAUUUUUAGCUUGUGGAUUUAGAUGUCACAAAUUUUAUCUAGUUUUAAAAACCAUUUAAAUAUAUCACCGUUACACUCUGAUGAUGGUUGAGUUCGAAUUUCAGGUAAAUCGGACCGAAAAUGGGCGCAGCUUGAACGCAAUUAAUGUAAACGUAUGUAAUACAAGAUUGUAAGUCACAAUUUUUGUCCAUAAAAUAUAUGUUUACAUCCCAAAGAUCUCAGUUCCUUUUGAUAUUCACACAUUUCAGACCAUAACUUGCUGGAUUACGGCGCCUGUUGAUAUUCACAGACCAUAACUUGCUGGAUUAUUGCCCCUGUUUGUACACAAAAUCGCUGGUUUUUGUUUUUUUAAGCUUGUUUUCCAUCCAGCUCUUGCAAAAUGUGGAUUAUCUUGCUGGCAUCCGCUGGUUUAAGAAAAAGAAAGAAAUUGUUAAAAGUGGAGUAAUAAAAGUACAAGGUUUUAAUCAAAACGUUGCAUAUCCAGUAGUAAGAAAUUUAAUAAUUGUGUUUCUGUAAAAUUGUUCCUUGUGUUAAUAUGUUCAAAUACUAAAUACAUGAACCUAUCAAAGAAGUAAUUAAUAUACUAAUUUAAAAAUGUGUAGUUUUUAUAUAUAGGAUGGUCUUGAUUUUAUUAUGAUUUAUAAUUAAUAUUAUUAUAAAAGGAUUCAUAAUAUAUUCUUGAAAUGAAAAUAUUUAAUCUUUGUAAUAGUUGCUAUGGGAAUUAAGUAGACAGUAAUAAACCUUGUUGCAUGAGACUGAGAAGAUAACAAAAUGAUUAAGAUUUUAAGUAUCAAAAGUUAAAGAUUAAAUCUCCAAAUAUCAGUAACGUUUUUAGGGAUUAAUAAUUGAUUUUCAUAACAAAGGAGACUUAACGGAUAAUUUGUGAUGAGAUGAGAAAACACGUGCCAUUUGAUUUAUGAGCAUAUUUAUGUUAGUAAACAUUUUAUGUUUGAUUGUAAAUUUUUGUAAAAAACAUGAACUUUAGAAUGUUCCUUUUUGUACAUAUGGAUUUAUUAUACCUCUUGACUAUUUCUGUCUUUAAUUACUGCUUGUAUUGUUCAAUGUAUAUAAUACAUUUCUAAUGAUUAAAUCACAUACUUAUUAUUA